AUGGCUGUAACUCUAUCCACUCCUUUGGGAUCCGACACGAUACAACGGUCUGCCACCACCACGUUGGACAAUACCGAAAACUCCAGCAUCACCAUUCCUGAGAGUGUCACAAGCCAACAGGUCAUAGACGGUGGAAACAAAAAAGAAAAUUUUCUCAUCGUCUCCCCGUAUGAUGAGGAACCGCAUCUCCUUGAUCUCAGUACACUAGACACUGCCAAUCAACUACUGGCUAAGGCCCUCACCGGACUGAAAUGCUUGAGAGUCGAUUACGCAACCGCCCCUUAUACCGAGAUCUUCAACUGGUCCGAGGUCACGCAGUCGAUCCAAAAGCUGGCCACGGCUUCAGACUUCACGUGGAAGGUGACUUCCUUCUAUAUCGUGGUCUUCAGAUCUCGCAUCCCGCCAACGACGGUGUAUGCCGACCUCGGUGUUCUCGAUAAGGCAGCACACGCAGAGGCGACUAAGAGCGGCGGCUUCCUCAAAUACUGGUUUGGAUCACCCGACCCUGAGGGAAGGAACCUCGCAACUUGCGUCUGGCGCAACCAGCACGAUGCUAGAGUCGGAAGUAUAGGAGAAGCCCACAGAAAAGCCGCGGCAGCGACGAGAUUCCUGUACACGGAAUGGAAAAUUGAGCGUUUGAGGCUUAUCAUCAAGGACGGUGCGACGGACUGGGAAAUCACUAACUGGGAAGACUGA